GUACCAUGAAAAGUCAGUGGAAAGCAAAGAAGUGAAUUUUGUGAUCUUAACAACUGCGCCGUGCAUUAAAAAAUUUUAAAAUAAUAAAAGGGAGAUUUACAACCUCAAAGUGAAUAUACAACUACGUAAAAAGUGAAUAUCAAGUGAACAACAAAUUUUAAUAAACCUACAACGUUAACUGCGCCACAAAUAUAACUUGAGAGUUCAGGUGUUGUGCCAGUAGUGACUUAUAUGUCCAGCAAAGUGCCGCGUCUAACUGUAAAAGCCGUGCAAUUGAAGCACGAAGCUUCUGACGAAGAAGACGAGGAUCGACGGGAAGAACCAAGACGUCGCAAUAUGCCUACACUUGGGGAAUCGAGCAGUGGAAGCAGCAGCGGAGUUCCAGCCUUUUUGGCUAAACUCUGGCGCUUGGUUGAUGAUCCAGAUACGAACAAUUUGAUUUGUUGGAGCAAGGAUGGUCGCAGUUUCAUUAUACAAAAUCAGGCACAAUUUGCUCGCGAAUUGUUGCCGCUCAAUUAUAAACACAACAACAUGGCCAGCUUCAUUCGGCAGUUGAAUAUGUAUGGUUUCCACAAGAUUACUUCUAUUGAUAAUGGUGGCUUGCGUUUCGAUCGGGACGAGAUUGAGUUCUCGCAUCCCUACUUCAAGCGUAAUUAUCCCUAUUUAUUGGAUCAAAUAAAACGCAAAAUAUCGAAUACUAAGAAUGUUGAAGAUAAGAACGCAGUUAUGAAACAGGAGACGGUUUCCAAAGUGCUGAGUGAUGUCAAGGUUAUGCGGGGGCGGCAAGACAAUUUGGAUUCGCGGUUUUCUGUGAUGAAACAGGAAAACGAGGCGUUAUGGCGUGAAAUCGCCUCCUUGCGUCAAAAGCAUGCCAAGCAGCAGCAAAUUGUCAAUAAGCUAAUACAGUUUCUAAUCUCGAUUGUACAACCGUCAAGAAAUAUGUCUGGUGUUAAGCGUCACAUGCAACUAAUGAUCAAUGAUACUCCGGAUAAUGCUCGAUCUCGUACGAUCAGCGAAACGGAGAGCGAGGGAGGUGGCGGUCCAGUAAUUCACGAGCUUAGCGAAGAGCUACUGGAUGAAGUAAUGAAUCCGCACAGUCCCUCGCAAUAUGACAACGAGAGUGUCUCUCCAUUGGCCAUGGAGCGUCCGCGCUCAAAUGUCAGCAUCGGUUCGAUUAAUUAUGAUUACUCAAACCAAAGCGGUGAGGAUUUGUUGAAUAUGGCCAGUGGUGGAAAUUCCGGAGCGGUUGCAACGGUUGGAAAUAUGUUAACUGGAGCCAAAUCCCCGUUGGCCUCAAAUUCAAAUAGGUCGCCAAGCCAGCAGGUGCUCUAUACAGUAACUGAGGCGCCGGACUCGCAUGCAACUGAGUUACCCAAUAGCCCCUAUGGUAGUGAAGAACUAAACGAGUUGACUACCCCCAUGGUGCGUGAACAAGAAGAGCGUAAGCGUCAGCAGCUCAAGGAGAAAAAUAAGCAGCGUCGUCGUGCUGCAGAUCAAGCUGACGCAACAACCAAGUCCAUACGCACUCGUGCUCAAUCAAAGGCCAGUGAUCCGCAGCUCACGCAGGUGAAACUGGAGUCGGACGUUAGCAAUCUCUUUGCGUCUGACAGCAAAUACAAUAAUGAAACAAAGCAACAAUCGCAGAAUGUCAAUGAGAUGGUGAACAUGCCUUCCCUGAUCGAACCCAACAAUGCUAAUUUAUAUGAUGUUAACUUUAUAAGCAACGAUAUGCCUACGGAUAUCUUUGAGGAUGUCCCUUUGUUAUCCGAUGGCAGUGUCGAUGCAGCUUAUAAGUUGAACGAGCAGCAACAAUUUGGACGCUCCACAGUGAACAGCGGCAGAUUUUCAAAUACGCCACUAGGCUUUGACAUAACUCCAACAUCAGUGUCAUCUGCUGAUGAUGGUUCCCCACUACUGAACGAUGCCAAUUUGCCCUCUACUUCCAAAGCGGCCGCAGCUGCAAAGGGCAAUGGUACUUCUACUGAACAGCAGGACAUGACAGUGGCCAAAUACACAGGCGGUGACAACGGAAUCGCCGCCCCUCUACGGUUGAGUUCCGUGUCAGUAACUGAGCAGAAAAAACUCGGUUGCGAAAUGGAAGCCAUCAAUAACAUAAAUUCGGUUUAUCCUUUCUAUUGCAGAGAUGAAGUAAGCGGACACAUAGAGAAUAUACAGGAUGAGCUCGACACGCUAAAGGAUAUGUUGCGAGGCGAAGGAGUCUCAAUUGAUCAGAACAUGCUUAUGGGUGCAGUACAAAACGCCGCUGAUCGUUCAGCUUCUAGCAAGAUGCCCGUAAUACAGCUGACCGAAGACGAGCUGUUAUUAAAGCUCUUUAAUGACGCGGAACUAUUGGAUAAUUAUGGUCUAACGUUUCCCAGUGACAACAUGAGUAACAACGAUAAGAAAAGCAGCGGCUCAGAGCUAAUGACAUAUCAGCCAAGCAUGUAUGACUUGUCUGACAUACUGGACACGUCAGAUGAGAGCAAUAAAAAUCAGAGCGUAAACGAUUCUUCAUCUCGUCAGCUGCAGACGCAAAGUUCAGUGCUGAAUACGCCGCGCCAUGAAAUGUAAAAAAAAUCAUCUUCGUUCUAACUUGGCGGCGAACAAAAUAUAUAAUUAUAAAUAAUUGUUUUUUUAAUCUUAUGGAAAGCGAUUUUGUUUAAUGCUAUAAUUAUUUCAUAAAUUUAAUACUAAUGUUUUGUUUUGAUUUAUAUGUUUGUUUGAACUUUCUAAGUGAAUCAUGAUUUGACGCGUGUUUUGCGAGUAUAAGGAUCAACAAAAACAAAGAACUAUCGUUCUUUAGAAAAAAUACAUAGCUAAUACGGUUAAAUUCAAUAUGCCUUAUGCAAUACUAUAUAUGUAUCAAAUAUAUAUAAAACUUACAUAUUCUG